AUGCUCAUGAUGGUGUUUUCAGUGAAAGAGCCAAGGAUCUCUAAAAGAAUACUGCUCAGACAUUAUAGUGCAUCAUCUGACAUCAACCUCAAACUGAUUAUUUUGCAUUAUAAAUACACAGGUGUCUGUACGGACCAGACUUCAGUUCAGCAGGAGAUUGUGGAUGUGCACAAUGCCUUCAGAAGGGCUGUGACGCCAACGUCCAGCAACAUGCUGAAAAUGAGCUGGAGUCAGGUAGCAGCAGAUUCUGCUCAGAGUUGGAUUGAUCAGUGUAUCAUGACACACGGUCCAGCAAGCACCCUCAUGGUUAACGGAUAUGAAUUGGGUGAAAAUCUGUUUGAGGCCUCCUCUCUCUAUAAGUGGACUGAUGUAGUAACUGCCUGGCACAGUGAAGUCAACAAUUAUGAAUAUGCCUAUGGAUCCAUCAAUGAUCAACCCACUGGACAUUACACACAGGUGGUUUGGUACAGCUCGUACGAGGUUGGGUGUGCUGUGGCUCAAUGUGGAAGCUACUACUUCUACGGAUGCCAUUAUUACCGCGCAGGAAAUUUCAGAAAAGUACCACCAUACUCACUGGGCAGUCCUUGCGCUGCCUGCCCAAACAAUUGCGAAGACAACCUUUGCACUAAUCCUUGUCCAUAUAUCAACAAAUUCAUCAAUUGCGCCGCCUUAAAAGAAAAGGCCACGUGCGACAACUACUUUGUGAGCAAAUGGUGUCCUGCUAGCUGUCAAUGCAAUAACAAAAUUGUCCCUGUCGCUAGAAAAUAAGUGUUUUAUGGCCAUAAUCCACGAAACACUACCAAGUUUGUCAGUUUUCAAUCUGAUUGCUUACCUGUAGCAUCUCUUUCUUAUAAUGUGAAAUAUGUACAUUCUUUAGCACACAAAUCAUGUAUUCCUUUCUAUGUGGAUAACAUCAAAUAUGACUACAUUUCCUGCAGCAUUUCAUGACUACAUUUCAUGAUGUUUAAAUAUAGUUCAUGCCACGACAAUGCAAAAUGAAUAAGGAAACAGUGAUUUGACAAGACUGUUGAAAAAAGCCAAUUUCAUUUACAGUCAUUACUGUUUUGCAUUUAAAUUACCUGAGGCACUUUUUCAGUAAAACAUACAUAAUCAAAUAUAAAUAAACAAUAUUGUGUUUUAUAAGCAUUAUACUGAACACAAAAGCAGGAAAAUGCACAAUUUAAAACACAAAAUAUGGUCUACUCCCACUCAGAGACUGUACUUAUAGUAUAUAUUCUUUACUGUAGGUCUCUUGCCAAAAUAUUCACGCUAUGUACAUUUCUGCAGUGCAUUUUAAUCUUUCAUGCAAAGUGAUUUUACACCAAACCAUAAGAGCCCACAGAUCCAUGGGUACAAUAAAGCAAUAGAGGCCAGCUAUAUUGCGAAAAGAGCCUGAUUUUAUUAAACGGUUACUUCAUAUUAACAAUAUCAAGGAAACAAAAUGUCAUCAAAAUGUUCCUUUAUUAAGAAAAUUCAUUAUAUCCUUACAUUAGAAAAUAUACUCCCCCCUGACAUGUAAACAACAACUGAAUGAAAAAAUAAAUAUACCCCAUUUAAACUGAGUUUAAAUCUAUUUGGC